GACACAGCAACUGGGCGACCCCGGCCAUGCCGAUGAGGGCACACAGUAUCUCCAGCAAGGGCGUAUGAAUUGGACAGCAGCGGAACAGAGCAAAGCUCGGGUCCUCCGUCAAUCAGGGAAAUGGUGUUUAACACAUGACUAUUUUGGACAUCAAUCGAUCACAAAACUGCUGAUGGAUGGCAGGAGAACGGCUGAUUCCCAGCCAGACAGAGAGCAGCACAACACUGGCGGUAAUCGCCCACAAUUCGAGUUCAUAACAGUCUCCGGAACAAACAUACGCGGCGAUAGUGAAACUCGAAGGCGAGUCAGAAGUCGGGCCCAAGCUGAUUAUCGGCGGCGCAAUCCUCCUCCUCCGCGCAAUGCUAUCACAAUUGACCUUGAUGUCGGAUCGUGGCUUCAGACGUUAUCGCGCGAUGCAGCUCUGCGGCCAGCCCAGUAUGCUCCGCUGCCGGUGACUUCGCAGUCUACGUUGCAAGCGGGAGAAACUUUCCAGAUGAGCACAGCGGAACAUGUAUACGGAGGAGGCUGCGUUAUCUUCAAGUCCAUGAUUGAGAUCGGGUAUCUCGACAUUCUGCGCGGAAGCGCAUCACUGACACAAAUGCUAUCUUCGUCCGCGUGGCACAGAAAACGAAUGAAUAUCGGAGACCACGAGAGCAGUAUAGAUUAUGCAAGAUACUCCCUCAUGGCCACAAGGUCGUUGCGUCGGCAACUAGAUGAUCCUGCCCAACGAACCAGUCUCGAAACUAUCCUAGCAAUUCUCACAUUUGCUGCAUUUGCGAGGGCUCAUCCACCCAUCAGGAUCGAUAUUCGCGGCGCUUAUCUGCAGGAUACGAAACCGCGCUUUCCUCAGCCUUAUGAUACCUUGCUGGCGGAGAGCAAACUUCGUAUUACCCAGAUGCCCUCACCAAAGGCCCCCAGCAGCAACUGUACCCUGGCAGAAGACCCAGCCGUGGUACACAUUUUUGACUCUAUUCAACAAGUCACCAGUAUCGUUAACUCGGAAGCAGAGACCCAGGGUCAUGCAUUUUGGCUAACCGUUCUGUUUCCUGGCUUUCACUUUGCUCCUAUCCUUCAUGAUCUUUUAUCGUUACCUCGGGACCCGACCGGCAUAGCCAGCCGAUUCUCGAAACGCAGGGAGUGCUUUCGGCUGGCUAGUAUCCUCUAUAUAAGUGAAAUACGAGCAAAGUUUGGGAUGGACAAUACCGGGGCUACAUCGUUCGCAUACAAGCUACUCAGGCUGUUGAAGAGCCGCGAGAUGCUGGUCUCAUGGGGAAGUGACAAUUUCUACCUCCUUUGGGCGUUGAUGAUCGGGUCUGUCUCAUUAUGCGUACCAGAAACUUUACGCCUCGAAUUCAUGGAGCUAUUGUCAGAGUAUCCAUCUGUCACUGGCACUGCGUCUCUGCGGGAUAGCUUACCAAUUGUCUCUGGAGUGUUAAUUUGA